AGAAAAGAAACCAAAGAUAGAGCAUCCCUCUGAGCACAAAGUCGAUCUAGUCGGUGGCGGUAUGGCUGAAGAAGGGUCUGAAGGUUCUGUUGCAACCCCAACAACUACUGCACUAAACUGGUGGGAGUCUCAUAACAAUUCUUUGUCUUCAUGGAAUAGCACAGCACCUUGGCCCCUCACGAACCCCAACUCCAACUCUUCUUGUGAUGAAGACAUCUCAAUCUCGACCUCCUUUACCAAUGCAUCCAAUCACUCCGGCCUAAGCGUCGACUCAUCGCGUCAAAUUGUGGAACCUGCAUCAUCAGGUGAAUUAAUGGGAGAACCCACGUCCGAGAAUCAUCUGUGGAGCCAAGUUUUGCUAAGCGUCGGAAGCAAUGGAGAGCUGAACAGCGGUCAAGAUGUCGGUGAAAACUUUCUUGGAGGACUUUCAUCCAAGAACAUAUCAUCCGAGAUGUUUGAACCAGCCUGUGAUUACCUGAAGAAGAUGGACGGUGGCUGGGAAUACACCAACUCCACUUCUUUUAACAAUCUGGAGAAACAGUUCUCUGGCUUUAAUGGAAACUUGGUUGAAAACGAAAGGUUGACCAACUUGUCCAAUUUGGUCAGCAACUGGUCUAUUGCCCCACCCGACUCUCAAGCUGAUCGGCAGAUUACCUUACCGACAUGCAAUAUAUCCUUGAACUCUUCGCUAGACCAGUACUCCGACCCUGAGUUUUCUCAGAUGAAGCAAAAUCCGUCCAAUCCAUCCUUAUACGUGGUGGCUGGAAACAGAAAUCCCAGUUUCAUGCCGUGUUAUGGGCACAAUAUGAAGGUGGAGAGCCAACACCAAGAGUUGGAUUCCUCUAGGGCUUCAUUUCAAAGGCAACUUAGCAAUAAUGGUCUGGGACAUCAAACGGGUCUUAACAACUCAAUCUUAGGAGACAAUAGCAGAUACUACCAUGGAAUGACGGAUACUAGAUUGUCGAACACAAGGAACCUUCUAUCAUUCAGUGGCUGCCUGAGCAAACCCCUUCUGGAUUUUCAGGCCUCCAAGCCUUCGCUGAAAGCCUCAAAUUCACUGGAAAGUAAGAAACAAGGACACGAUUCGCUCUCUCUGGCAAAAGGUAAUGGAAGAGGAACAGCAAUUGCAAAUGAAGGGAAGAAGAAAAGAUCUGAAGAUACUUCAGACACAAACCCCAAGAAACCAAAGCAUGAAACGCCCACAGCAGCAUCUGUUAAGGUGCAGGCUACCAAAGUGAAACUAGGCGAUAAGAUCACUACUCUACAACAAAUCGUGUCACCUUUUGGCAAGACUGAUACAGCGUCUGUGCUAUUGGAAGCAAUUGGGUAUAUAAAGUUCCUGCAAGAGCAAGUGCAGCUGUUGAGUAAUCCAUACAUGAAGUCAAAUGCAAACAAGGACCCGUGGGGAACCUUGGAGAGAAAGGACAAAGGAGAGGCAAAGCUUGAUCUUAAGAGUCGAGGUCUUUGUUUAGUCCCUAUAUCUUGUACUCCCCAAAUUUAUCGUGAGAACACAGGAUCAGAUUACUGGACACCGACGUAUAGAGGAUGUUUGUAUAGAUGACAUGAAGGCAUGUUUUGUUUUAAAUUAUUCACCAAAUGUAUCUGCAUUAGCUGAUAUGUAGUAAUUAAAGUGAAAAACUUGCUUAUUAAAAUAGAGAGAACAAACCUUAAUACAAUUGCUCCACUGGAAUUCUGAGGA